ACUUGUCAACAAAAAGAUAUAAGGGAGACUCAAUAUGAGUUUGAAAAAGACAGUCAGUCUAUCCACUGAGUUACUAGCACUCAUGUGGUUGCAUUUAUGCUCAUCUAAUUUUAUCUUAACAUCACAUGAUAAAGUAGUAGUUUAUUUUGAUUUCAAUUCCCGCACAAACCUAAACCCUAUACAAAAUUCAAAUAGCCGAAAGAGAAAGAAGAACUAAUCCAACGAUGUCAAAGGAUCAAAUCUCCAACUUCUGCAACGAAUUGUCAUCAUUCUGCAAUAAUCUUCAAUCCUCUACCAAUGCACUCAAACAAUCCAUCGAUCGAAGACCUAUUCCUCUCGAUUCUGCAUCUUCUACCUUCGUUCAAUCCCUCAAUAGCCGUGUAUCAACCGCAACCUCCGGUCUCGAAGUGCUCGAAUCAAUGAGCAGCACCGUUUCUUUCCAAGAGCUUUUAGGUCACUGCAACGAAAUGUUUAAGAUAAAUCAAACCGAAAUGCUCCAACUCGAAGAUCAUCUUAAAACCUACCAUGGCUACGUUCCAGCUUCGGAUGUUGAGGAGGAAGACGAAGUUUCAGAUGAUAAAUUGGAUAGUCUCUCUUCUUUUUAUGGAUCGCUCUCUGUGGCUGAUACUGGCUUCAAGAAUUACGAUGACGAUGCUUUAUUUGAUGAAUCUAUGAGUUUGAAACAGUUUGGGCUAUCAGAUGCAUGUCUAGCCAGUUUAGCAUUGGAAGAUAAUGUAUCUUCACCAGAACUUGAGAAAGUACCUAAUUUAGAGGCAGACAGUGAGAAUUUAAAGGCACCUGAAGCUCCAAGCCCCUCUUUGAAGGUAUUAAAGAGCGAAUUUGAAUGUCUUCCUACCUAUAUGAAGAAUCUAGCAUCAUGGGAGGAGCUACUUGUGGCCGUUGAUAAGAUUAAUUCAAGUCUAAGCAAGAAGACCAGUGGAUGCAACUUCUUCGGGCAAGAUGAUAUUCCUUCGUUUGAUUUAGGACCUAAAGCAAGAUCAUAUUUGCUGCUUCUAGUGCGCAUGAAUCAUAUGGUUGUUGAGCUAAUUGACGGUCUAUUGUCGUAUAGAAUAUUGUAGAAUAUGAGAUGCAAUGGAAAACAUUUGUCAUCCUCAAAUUUGCCGUUUUGUGUUUUUUGUUUGUUACAUAACAUUCCAAGAAGCACAGACAAGGCAGAUAAGCACAACACAAUACUUAUAUUACUAGAUACAUGUUUGAAGUGUUCUAAUUUAUAUCAUAUUGGAUUUUUAAAUAUGUUC